AAUUUCUGACCCAUAAAACAGGAAGACAUUUAUUCAAAAAAUUUCAUUCAGCGUUAAAUCGAAGAGGAACCAAACCAGAGCUCCAGUCUGGUUUCGCUUCAAGCUUCAAGCUGUGAAGAGAGAGAGAGUAGAGCAGUCGAUCGCCUCAAAGAACGCCGCUAUGAUUCAGUUUGUGCUUCUGAUAAGUAGGCAAGGAAAAGUGAGGUUGACUAAGUGGUACUCGCCAUAUACCCAAAAGGAAAGAACAAAGGUGCUUCGCGAGCUCAGUGGGGUGAUCCUUGCGCGAGGUCCCAAGCUCUGCAAUUUUGUGGAGUGGAGAGAAUACAAAGUUGUUUAUAAGAGAUAUGCUAGUCUCUAUUUCUGUAUGUGUAUCGAUCAAGAUGAUAAUGAACUAGAGGUCCUUGAGAUUAUUCAUCAUUUUGUGGAAAUUCUAGACCGAUACUUUGGCAGUGUAUGUGAAUUGGAUUUGAUCUUUAACUUCCACAAGGCCUACUAUAUACUGGAUGAACUUUUGAUUGCUGGUGAACUCCAAGAGUCGAGCAAGAAAACGGUUGCACGGUUGAUAGCAGCACAGGAUUCUUUGGUGGAGACUGCAAAAGAGCAGGCUAGUUCAAUAAGUAAUAUGAUUGCGCAGGCCACCAAGUAAUGAAGAACAAGCAUAUAUCGUCACCUGUUGUAUUAUUAAUUCAAAUUGAAGUGGUUUGUAUUAAUAUGAUCAUUAUUUUGCACUUCCUUUUCAGACUGAUGAGCAUUUCUUUUGGUUAUUUGUGUUUUUACAAAGAUUGUACACAACAUUACUAUGCCGGUACGUUUAACUUGUCUUGUGUAACUUAAUACAUUGGCAUUCUUUCAUAUGAGUACAUGUCCAGAUGCUUUGCAAGUGAA